AAAGCGCCACACACACUAUAAAACCCUCCAAAACCAAAACAAAACUGUUCCCACAAUCCCACCCUUAACACUUAUAAACUCUCUCUCUCUAUUCUAUCUUUGGCGGCUCUCAACUUCCCCAAACCCAAAACCCUAGUUCCUCUUUGUUCUCCCUAUCCCCAAAUUAUUAUUUUAUUUUAUUUUAUUUAAUUAAUCUUGGUGCAUACACACGCAAAGUCUUAAGCCUAAUGGCUAUAUAAAUAGAAUAGAUUCAUAUGCCCGCUUAUUCUUCCUUUUUAACAGAAGAAGAAAAAAUUCGGAGGAAAAUUAAUUAAAUAAAUACAGGAAAGAAGAACAACUAUCGUUGUUGUGCGUGGGUUUGGGUUUUUGAGGGAGGGAAAGCCGGAUAGGGUUUUAGCAAUGGAGGAUUCAGUAGCGAUGCAGAAGCGGAAGCACCGAGAGUUUGCUUUGGCAUCAAUCUCUGAGCUCUGUUCUUCUUUGAUUCCUCCUCCUCCUUCUGAAGCUGGUUCUUCUUCGCCGGGGAUUGCUCGCUUCGCCUCCGGCGAUGGCUCCUUGCCGGAACUCCAAAUCCUCCGUGAGUCCAAUCAGGUUGCUCUCAAUGUAGAUCUCCGAGCUGCUCAGAUAUUUAGAUUAGGUCCUGUUCAAUCGGUUUGCAUGGUGGAAGGAUCCGAUGCGGGCAAACAGACAUCAUAUUCAAGGGGAGUCGCUAUUCAGUUUAGAAAUGAGGAAGAUAGUGAGGCCUUCCAUUGUGUAUACCAACAAUGGAAGAAGGAAUUCAAUGUUCAAGUUGAUUGUUUUCAACCAGGGGGUAACCUACCAAAUGGAACAAAUGCGAUAACUUCCAAAAGCAAAUUCGAUGAAAAGAUAGAGUCUUCUUCUGCAAAAAUGUAUUUCCAUUAUUAUGGACAACUUCUGCAUCAGCAAAAUAUGUUGCAGGACUAUGUGAGGACAGGAACAUAUUAUGCUGCAGUUAUUGAGAACCGUGCUGAUUUCAUGGGCCGUGUAGUAGUUGAUGUUGGUGCUGGCAGUGGUAUUUUGUCGUUAUUUGCUGCUCAGGCUGGUGCAAAACAUGUUUAUGCUGUGGAAGCAUCUGAAAUGGCAGAAUAUGCACGAAAACUUAUAGCUGGAAACCCAAUACUGGGUCAACGAAUUACGGUUAUCAAAGGCAAAGUGGAGGAUGUUGAGUUGCCAGAGAAAGCUGAUAUUCUGAUAUCUGAGCCCAUGGGCACUUUGUUAGUUAAUGAAAGAAUGCUGGAGUCUUAUGUCAUUGCCAGAGACAGGUUUCUCACACCUCAUGGGAAAAUGUUUCCUUCAGUGGGGAGGAUUCACAUGGCACCUUUCAGUGAUGAAUAUUUGUUUGUUGAAAUUGCUAAUAAGGCCCUGUUUUGGCAGCAACAAAACUAUUUUGGCGUUGAUUUGACACCCUUACAUGGGACUGCAUUUCAAGGAUAUUUUUCUCAGCCUGUGGUGGAUGCUUUUGAUCCAAGGUUGUUAGUAGCUCCUCCAUCGUUUCAUGUGAUAGACUUCAACAAAAUAAAGGAAGAAGAACUAUAUGAAAUUGACAUUCCUCUUAGAUUUAUAUCCACUGUGGGUGCCAGAGUACAUGGGUUGGCAUGUUGGUUUGAUGUAUUGUUCAAUGGAAGUACUGUACAGAGGUGGCUUACAACUGCCCCAGGUUCACCAACAACUCAUUGGUAUCAAUUACGCUGUGUUCUGUCUCAGCCAAUUUAUGUCAUGGCAGGACAAGAAAUUACGGGCAGGCUUCACUUGAUUGCCCACAAUGCACAAAGUUAUACAAUUUACUUGACAUUAUCAGCUAAAAUGUGGGGGCCUGGUGCUGAACAAGGAGGGAUUCUACAAACAUCAUCUUGUAAACUUGAUCUGAAAGAACCCUACUACAGAAUGUCUCAGCCUCAGGUGUAUCCAGUAUCCCAAGAUCAGCAACCUCAAUCACUUAUACAGACACAGGAUGUAAAUAUCCAAUCUCAGGAUUUGGAUGAAGCUGAGCUAAUGCAACAGCCUUCGCCAAAUUCAUGUGCCCAGAUUGACUCCCUCAUGCAGAAUGCUUAGGUUGAUGAAAUAUUAACCUCAGCUUCUGUUUGUAACAUGAAUCAGCCAUGCUGCAUGUAUUUAUUUGGACAUACCCCGGGCCUGUAAAAUUCAUCGACAUUUCGUUAGCCUAGUGGCUGUGAAUUGAGUGGUUGUGCAGCUGAUCCUGUAUUUGGUUGCACCAUAAUUUAACAAGCAAUAUAUUUGAUGCUUAUAUACCUGACAAAGUUUGAAGCUUGUGUACAAUUACUUUAUUAGUUUAGAUUUUUUUAAGCUUUCCUUGUAAGAUUAUCAAUUCUGCGGAGAAUAUCAUGUCAUCCACACAUCCACUUGGAAAAACCGAUAAAGGAGAGACUCAUACAUAUUCCUGUUUGUGAAUUGAUUGACAGUUUAACGUUUGCUAAUUCUGUUUAACUUGAA